ACCUCAUUUCUCAUCCUCUUUAACCUCGACUAAAACGAAAUGUUCAUUCGCAGCAUUCUCUGCGCAACCGUGGCCAUCACGCUUUGCACAUCCGGCACACACGCCUCUGCCGCCUCAAAGAGCUUGACAAGCUCCGAUUUUGCAGCUGCCAUCGCUGACGGUGCAACCUUCGUCAAGUUCUACUCACCAGAAUGCCCUCAUAGUCAGAAUCUCGCACCGACGUGGGAGCAGUUGGCAAUGGAUCAUAAGGACUGGAGCCGCGCUAGAGGGUUCAAAUUUGCUGAGGUCGACUGUUUGGCUCAAGGAGAUCUUUGUGAGGACAACGACGUUGUUUCCUACCCAACUAUGCAACUGUAUUAUAAAGGAAAGCCCGUAGCAAAAUACAACAAGAGGAGAACGAGCGAGUUGCUGAAUGAGUAUGUAGCAUCAAUGUCGGCUGAAUACAUCAAUGUGCCUUCGAAUAUCAGCACCAAAGAAGUAGGGGAAGUUAAGGUUAAUCCUUUUGGAAAAGUAAUUGUACUGGAUAAGGAGAGCUAUGACAGGCGUACCAGGUUUGGCCCCUGGUUGAUUGAAUACUAUGCUCCUUGGUGUGGACACUGCAAGAACCUGGCUCCUAUCUAUGAAGAGCUUGCGGGAGCCCUCAAGGAUAAGGUUAACGUUGCCAAGGUUGAUUGCACACAGAAUCAAGCAAUCUGCAUGAGUGAAGAGGUCAGGGGAUAUCCUACGAUCAAGCUCCGUCAAUAUGGCCAGUCGAUUGAAUAUAUGAAGCAUCGCACCCUCCAACAUUUGUCCGACUUUGCUCUCGGGGCCAUCGUGCCCUCUGUCAAAUCUAUCACAGCAAAAGACCUCAAUGACAUAAAAAAUAAUAACGACGUUGCUUAUGUUUUCGUCCAUGACUCUAAAGUUAAUCCCGAUAUCAAAGCCUUGAUUGACAGGACUUCUCAGACCUUUUACGAACAGAUUGCAUUGCAUGGAGCAGAUGAUACUGAGCUUGCCCAUCAGCUGUCUGUUUCUAGCCCUGCUCUUGUAGCCUUAAAAGACAAUCGCCAGUACCAAUAUCAAGGAUCUUUGACGGAUGAGGCAGCAGUGAAGGCUUGGAUCAAAGAGACUAAAAACCCUUUAGUGACCACCCUCACAAACGAGAACACAGGGACGGUUCUAUCCAAACACGGCUGGACUGUCAUUGGUCUCUUUGACCCAUCGAACCCCGCUACAGAGAACGCCCGUCGUGAAUUGAUUGAGACUGCAUACCAGUAUUAUGCAACAAUCGCAGACCGUACUACCUUGGAUGGCCAGCCUUUACGCUUUGUGAUCUUGGAUGCACCCAAAUGGGAGGGCUAUGUCCGUGGUGCUUUAAAACUAGACUUAGCAAGCUUGCCUGCCGUCUUGGUGAUCAACAGUCGUGAGGAGAUUUACUACCCGUAUGGCUUGGAUGGUCGCCGUGUACCUGUUGAGCAAAGCUCAUUGUUGAACUACAUUUCCGAGGUUGAGUCUGGACUGCUAACGCCCAAGUCAAUGCUGAGCCUACCUCAAAAGGGCUUCAGAUACCUGAAUGGACGGGCCCGCGAAUUGAUUCGGUUCUCAGGCGAGCAUCCCAUGAUUGCCAUGGCUGUAGGAUCGGCUUUCCUCUUGGCGAUUAUGAGAAAAUUCCCUGCGAAAUCACCUGAAGCACAGAAGGAAGAAGCUGAUGGCAAAGAUAUCAAACAAGAUUAGAAAUACCUUUUUUUUUUGACUUUAUUUAUUUUUAUCAACGUUGACGAGGAUAUUGCUGCUCUACUCAAGAGUGUCUUUGGCGUAACAUAAUGAAAUAUAGAAAAAUAUCCUUGUAGUCUCUAUGUCUGGCAAUCAACGAAAUAAACC